AUGGAGAACAGCCUUGCUCAGAUCUCCAGUCUGAACCAGAAAGACAAGGCUUCCGCAUACCAAUCUAUCCUCCUCGACCUGUUUGCACGUCCCGAUCAGUCAUCUCUUGCUGCAGAUAUUCAUGUUCUUAUUGAAAAUGUCAUGCAUGAAAGCGUUGGAUUGGUCAUUGGCAGACAAGUCCUUUCUGAAUUAGUCAAGGCAUUGGAAGCCGGGCGGAUCCAAGAUUUUGAUCUACGCAAGCAAAUCAUCCAAGAAACUAUCCAUACCGUGCAGCCCCGCAUAGUGAGCUACGAGGAGCAGGCAAACUCGCUCCGGUUCCUGCUUGCUGAUCAACUGGAAUCCCAAGAAGGAUGGAGCGAUGCUGCGCGCGUAUUAAUGGGUAUCUCUUUAGAUUCUGGGCAGCGUCCAGACGAAGAAAAAUUCCGCAUAUACUUGCGCAUUGUUCGGCUUCUGCUUGAGGACGAAGAAUCUGGGCAAGCAGAAACUUAUUACAACCGUGCUGCUCUCCUCGCGCCCUCGACAUCUGAUAAGGAGGCUCUCCUCCAAUUCAAGCUCUGCCAGGCUCGUAUAAGUGAUUAUUCCCGCAAAUUCUUAGAAGCUGCAAGUAGAUACCACGAGCUGAGCUAUAUUGCUGACAUUGAUGAAGAUGAACGUAGACAAGCUCUUUCUGCAGCUAUGACAUGCGCCAUCCUCGCACCAGCAGGACCCAAUCGAUCUCGGGUACUCGCAUCGCUUUGUCGAGACGAACGCACUGCGGAGCUCCCCUCGUAUAAUAUAUUGCUAAAGAUGUUCCACGAUCGCAUCUUACGUUCUGCAGAAAUCAAAGAGUUUCAGGAAACUCUCAAGGCGCACCAGCUUGCCAAGAUAGAGCUUUCUUCGAACGACCGUUUGGCGUCUGCCGUUGCAGAUGAUAUUGACACCGUCGAUCCAAGCGCCAGUAAGCGCACAGGCCCUUCCACCGUGCUUGAUCGCGCUGUUAUGGAACACAACCUUCUCGCAAGCUCCAAAAUCUAUAACAAUAUAACAUUCGGCGGGCUGGGUGCAUUGCUUGAUUUGACCUCAGGCGCUGCGGAGACGAUGGCGAGGAAGAUGAUCGAACAGGGCCGUCUGAAGGGCUCAAUAGACCAGGUGGAGAAGUUGAUUUGGUUCGAAGCUACUAGGGAAGAGGAUGAUGCACAAGGAAAGGCAGGAGGGUUGGGUGACGUUGAGCAGACCGCCGAGGACACUGGGGCACAAUUCACAAAGCGGUGGGAUAUGCAGAUUCGUAUGACCGCAGCGAACGUUGAGUCAAUCAUCCAGCACUUGACGGAAAAGGGGCUUGUGAAGUUUGCAGCGGCCGAGGCGUAG